GGCAUAGCAAUUGACUGCCAAGCACCAAUUAUAUAUCUACGGCCGCUCACUGCUAAGCUGUACUGCAAUCCAAAUUCCGGUGCGAAACAAUUAACUAGGACCAAGCAGUCAUCCCAUAACCGAUACCUGUCAGCGAGCUUACUCCUUCGAGGUCAUGUCACUUUUAAGCCUGUCACCAGAGCUCCGUCUCUUGAUUGCAGGUGCAGCGGAGUGCGAGAGGGAUAUCAACAGUCUGGCUCGUACUAGCCGCCAAUGCUAUCAAGACCUGAAUGAGUAUCUUUAUGAGCACAACGUCAAGUUUGGCAAGAGCUCAGCACUCAUUUGGGCAGUAAAACAUGGAGUCAUAACUACUGCUAUGAGGAUGCUAAACGCGGGGUGUGAUAUCAAUGCCAAGGACGAUUAUUGCGAUGGGUCGGCGCUUUGGCAUGCUGCCAUAUGUGGACAGGAAGGCAUGGUAGCCCUUUUGCUGGGAAUAGAUGGCAUUGAUAUCAACUCUCAAAACGGCCAUAGCCGCUCGACAGCUCUGACGGAGGCAGUAGACCUUGGACAUAAAGGAGUAGUGCAGCUUCUUCUUGCAGCAGACGGCGUUCAGGUGAAUCUCAUGGACGGCCUCGGUCGAAUACCACUUUCUACUGCAGUAAGGAAGGGUGAGUUAGAGGUGACCAAGUUACUUCUUAUGACUAGGGGAGUUGAUGUGAAUUUAGAGGACGGAAACGGGCUGACACCUUUGAUGCAUGCCACAUGCAAUAAAUGUACAAGUUCUGUUAGCCUGCUGAUGGGCGUGGCUGGUGUUAAUUUGAACACUCGGGAUCGUUUCGGUCGUACCCACUGAUGGUUUCGCUAUUGUAAAAUGUCCCAGAGAUAAGAAAGCUGCUUCUCUCUAGCGACAAGGUGGACAUAGACUUAACGGACACCCCGACAAACCUCA